AUGAUCUCCAGAACUACCGACGACAUUCCUCCUUUCCCGGAAGAUGUUCCGACGGCUCCAAUCGGUACCAUUUCACUUGCAAAGAUAGUCGAUGGCGACAGAACAGAGUCCGCACAAGCUGUAGAGGCCUGCAGGACCCACGGCUUCUUCUACCUCGACCUGACCACGACACCACUCGGCCAAGACCUAGUGAACGAUGCCGAAGAACUUCAGGAUUUGUCGAAGCAGCUAUUCGAUCAGCCACUGAAGGACAAAAUGGCAUAUCAGCAUACCCCAGGCAAUCUGUUCGGCUACAAGGAAGCAGGAACAGUAAAGCAGACAGACGUCACCUUACGACCAGACUCAACAGAGUUCUUCAACAUCGCCAAAGACCACAUGCAUGGUGUCGCCGAGAGCCGAACAUAUCCCCAAGAAGUCCUCGACAACAAAGUCCUGUUCCAGUCGUUCCAGAAGAAGGCGCAUGAAGUGUGCAUGACCAUUCUCGCGGCCCUCGCUACGCAACUGGAUCUCCCUCCGAAGUCUUUCAUGGACAAGAACAUCUUCACCGAACCGAGCGGCGACCACUGUCGUCUGACUCACAAGAUCCCGCACGUCACUGACAAGAAUGCCAUCGGUCUUCCGUCGCAUACCGACUUCGGUAGUAUCACUCUUCUGUUCAACUGGCUUGGAGGUCUUCAGAUUCAAUCGAGAGAUCUAGAGAAGGCCGGCGAGUGGGAGUUCGUGAAACCGGUGCCUGGCCAUGCUAUCAUCAACUUGGGAGAUGCCAUGGUCACAUUCACCAAUGGCUACCUCAAGAGUGCCAAACACCGUGUCGUACCGGCACCCGGAGAGCAAGCGGAGAUAUCGCGCUAUUCGGUAGUGUACUUCGUCCGACCUCACAAUGCUGUCGUAAUGGAGCCACUCGAGAAGUUCAGAGAUCUGGCACCGGAAAUGAAGGUUGCUGGCAAAUUCAAGCCCGAGGGCGACAAGGUGCUUACCGCAGGCGAAUGGAUGACCCAGCGUACUAAGCAGAUGGGGCAGUGA